CAUCUGCUGCAGACACUGCAGUGUGUGUUACCGUGCCAUCGCUGCGGCUGCUCGCUCCCGACACCGACCACGUCCCGCUGCAGACUUCCCGGGCCCGGAGAGAACGGGGAAGAGCAGAGAGCCAUGGCCGAGUCCAACCCGAUGUGGGGCUUCCCCCGUCUGCGCCGGGCCGCGACCUCAUUUCCAGGAAAUCUGCAUUUGGUCUUGGUGCUCGGCCCCAGCGGCUUGUUAAGCUCGGCCCCCAGUCCGUCUUCAAGCACUGACCUCGGCUUCCGCUUCAGCCAGGAUGACUUCCUGUUAAAGAUGCCGGUGGUGAUGUUGCGUUCUGUUGGUGACCUGCUGCGCUACAUCGACGAGCACCACCUGACAUCAGACUUCACAGCAAAAGUGGAGUACUGCCAAAGUGACUGGGUCGUCCUCCGCCAGGCCAUUGAGACCUUUGCAGUGACAGUGAAGGAGAUCGCCCAGCAUCUUCAGGGUUUUGGCGCCGAGCUUUCUGAAACCGACCUUCCAGGUGAAGCUAAUGCCAUCGAGUUCCUGCUGCACUCACACACAAACCGAUACCGGCAGAUGAAGGACGAUAUCCGGAGCGUGCUGAAAGACGGACGGCUGCUGCUGUCAAACCUGGAGACGGUCAAAGCCUCAAAGAGAGAUGUAGAGGUGGAGAGGGACUUCAAAUCAGACAUGGACACUGUUCAAAGGCUCCUGGCUCAGCUCAGAGACAUGGAGGAGGCGUUUGAUGGCUUCUUUGAGAAACACCACCUGAAGCUGCAGCAGUACCUCCAGCUGCUGUACUAUGAAAUGAGAUUCCAGCAGAUGGAGGAGGUGCUGGAGAGGGUUACUACCAAAGAGAUGGACAUUGCCUCUGUAGGAACCACGGUGGUUCAGACAGAGCAGCUGCUGGCGGACCUGGAGAUCCUGGACACACAUGCUCAGGAUGAGAUGGCUCGAGCCCAGGUGUUGAUCCUGCAUGGCCACCAGUUGGCUGCCAACCACCAUUACGCCCUGGCGCUCAUUGUCCAGCGUUGCAAUGAGCUGCGGCACCGCUGUGACGUCAUCACUGCUGCCAUACGCACCAAGCGGGCCUCGCUCAUCAGAGCACAAGACCUGCUGCUCCGCCUUGAAGAGGCUCUUCAGUGGUGUGAUGAGGGCGCCUAUCUUCUGGCAAGUCAGAUGGUGGACAAGUUUCAAACCCGGGAGGGAGCUCAGGAGGCGCUGCAGUACCUCACCUGUCACCAGGAGAGGGCGCCGUCUGCAUUGAAGAACAGUCAGGACAUUGUUAGCCUGGAGUUGGAAGCCAUACUCACCCCACAGCUGCAGUCCCAAAUUUCCGUGGUGACGGAGAAACUGAACUCGAUGCAGUCCAUGAUCAGAAACAGAGAGCAGUGUCUGAAGAAGUUGGCAGAUUUACAAGUCAGACCCAUUCAACUGGUGGCCCCGAGGCCCGAACUAGAACAGACCUUGCAGCGCUGCAAGUCCCCCCUCUUCUCCCCAAAACAUGGUGUAGACUUUAACGUCCUUAACUCCAAGUUCUCCUUUGACCUGCUACCGGGCAAAAGAGCGGCGAGAAAGAACAACAACCACCGCAAGAUCGAGGUAAUGCAUGACUUUCAAGGCAACCGCAGCUGUCUGUAUGGCUCCAUAACAGAAACAGAUUCAGAGGCAGAAGAGAAUCCAGAGCAGGUCACACGGCAUGUAAUGAAGGAACUGAUCGCUACAGAGAGGAUCUACGUGGACGAGCUGCUCUCUGUCCUUCUGGGCUACAGAGCAGAAAUGGAGGACCCAUCCAUUUCUAAUCUUCUUCCUUCAGCUCUACGCAGCCAGAAGGACGUUCUGUUCGGCAACAUGCCAGAGAUUUACCAGUUCCACAGCAGGAUCUUCCUCCAGGAUCUGCAGAGUUGCCUGGAGACACCAGAGAGGGUAGGGGCUUGCUUCCUGCAACGGAAAGAGAAGUUUCAGGUGUACAAGCGUUACUGCCAAAACAAGCCACACUCUGAGUUGCUAUGGAGACAGUGCUCUGAUUCAACCUUCUUCAAGGAGUGCCAGAAGAAGCUAGACCACAAGCUGGGUCUGGACUCUUACCUCCUGAAACCAGUCCAACGCCUUGCCAAGUAUCAGCUGCUACUCAAGGAGCUGUUGAAGCAGUGUAGGGAGGAGCGAUACCGCUGUGAGCUGCAGGAGGCUCUGGACUCCAUGCUGGAGCUGCUGAAGUCGGUCAACGACUCCAUGCAUCAGAUAGCCAUCACUGGAUAUCAGGGUGACGUCAGCCAGCUGGGCCGGGUGGUGCUGCAGGGAAGCUUCAGCGUGUGGAUCAGCCAUAAGAGGGCUGCGGUGCGCAUGAAGGAGCUGGCCAGGUUCAAACCCAUGCAGAGACAUCUCUUCCUGUACGAGCUCGCCCUGCUCUUCUGCAAGCGCCGAGACGAGGACAAUCACGACAGGACGCCCUACUACAGCUUCAAGUCCUGCCUCAGAAUGAGCGCAGUGGGAAUCACCGAAAAUGUGAAAGGAGAUGUGAAGAAAUUUGAAAUCUGGUACAGCGGCAGAGAAGUGGUGUACAUUGUCCAGGCUCCCACACUGGAGAUCAAAGUUGCCUGGCUGACUGAGAUUCGAAAAAUUCUCACCAACCAGCAGAGAAUUCGCCAAGAUGAGGCCUCUCUUACACUUUCUGACAACCCUCUCUCUGACAGUGCAUCAGUGAUGUGUGUGUCGUGGGGCGGAGCGUCGGUUGGAGGCUGCUCAGCGUGUCUCCCUGUUCCUCACAGCUCCUCGGCAACAAGCCACUCCCACAGGACUCGAGGGGAGGAGUCUGUUUACACAAGCCCAGCCCACUCAGACCCAGUGGUCAAUUCACCUCGACGCAGCUGGCCUGUUCCUGCUCACUCAGUAGCGAUCUGUGAGGGCCUGGAGGACUGGGGUGCAGCUACAGACCUGUCCAACUUGUCGGACUCGGAUGAGGAGGAUCAGCCUUCCCCUCUGGUGGCGGGCAGGUACAGGGUCCUGGUAGAGAGCAGCAUGGCCAGCACUGAUGACAUCAUCUUCAACUGCGGUGACGUCAUCCAGCUGCUGCAUGAGGAAAUGUCGGGAAUGUGGAUGGUGAGGAAUAUAAGUCGUAAGGAAGAAGGGCGCGUUUUACCUGAGGACCUGCACAGGAUUCUGGGAGAAACCUGCUGAGUGCCAAUCAGAAUGGAGGAUAUAUGAAACACAAACACACAGAAUAAAAACUAUCUGACCAGAAGGGGGCGUUCGACUCCGCGGAGAUCAUCAGAUCGAAGCACGUCAUCUGCAUUUCAAACUACUGUGACACUUUCACUACAGAAGGAUGUAAACUACAGAAUUGACCUCAGAAGACUGUAACAAUGCAAAGCACAUACGUGGGACCUAUAUGUAUUUAUUUUUCUGUUCCAACAGUAAUGCAGUAGGUUAUUUGGAUUUUGGAUUAAAACUUAGAAAAAUAUUCAUAUGUACAGAAUGGACUUUUGUUUGAGACUUCAGGUUUUAUCAUUUAUAUUUUCUUAUGAAAUAUGACAGAAAUGAUAAGGUUCACGUGCCAAAUAGCCCAGCUAGUGAUUGUGGCUACUUUUUGUAUAACACUGUCAGUUAUGGAAAGUUGCUUUACCUUGUGGUGUCAGUUUUAAAUGAACUCAAACUUCGUCUUUCUUUCCUACGGUAGCCGGCUACAUCACUAGUGUAUGCAAAUCACCAUGAUUACUCAACCUCUCAGUGUCAAAGCAGCCAUCUAGCAUCUGGUUGUUGCGUUUACGCACCAUUAAACAAAACAAUAAACAACGCAAGACAACGAUAUUCAGCAAUACUCAAGUCUCGCCAUUCAUAGCAGCCAUAGAGGGUUUGUUUUGCCACUAAGUGGUGUUUUUUAAGGAUGUACAUGUGAAAAUGUCAUUGCAUACUCUUAUUGAUAGCCAUCAACAUGUCAUAGCAGUAAAAGUGAAGAUUUAAUGAAUAACAUUGCUAAUAGUUGCCUUGGUCUGGUGCAUGAUGCCUCAUUCAUGUUUUUAACUCUACUUGUGCUUCUCCUGCUAUGACAAUACAAGUGAAAAUGUCACCUGAAAAAAGGUCUACUGAAGCCAUAACCAAGUAUCUUCUGCAGCACUCUCUGUCAGCCCUCAAGUUGAAUAAUCUGAGUCUGAGGAAAACACUGCAGCAUUUAUGUAGGAUUUCUGAUUGGUGAUAUGUCUGCAUCUCUUGGAUGAAAUGAGCAUUGUCCUCUUCUUCUGGGCCGCUGGUGUGCUCCACUGGGAAGAUAUAUUUUAUGUUUGUUUGCUGCUCCGCAUGAACAAAUCACUGCAAAUGCUUUAUUUCUGUCUACGCUGCUAUUUCACAACAACAGGGGAACAAUGCUCAGUGUUAGGUAGUAACUAUAGUGUAGUUAUAAUUGCCAGCUGAAGUUUUACAGUUACAUUGUGGAUUGAUACACGACAGUGAUGUUUAAUCUGGGAAGCUGAUUUAAUAAGACCAUUAAAACUGCCGAGCCAGAUUGACUCUGCAAUGUGAUAGCUUUCAAACAAAGUGGUAAUGAAAACACUGCCACUUUACCGCCAUAUGUGCUGAGUGUUGAGCUGAAGGAUGGAUAAAAGUAUUAAGUUACUUAAGCGUUUCUUUUAAUUGUGAAUAUGUAAAUAGUCAAAAUCUAAAUUUUACAUGUUAAACUCAGUGUUGGACAAUAGGUGUUGUAAUGGUGAAACCUUUAAUGGACAGUUCUCAUCUAAAGUUACAUCAGAUUAAUGCAGUAUUUCCUGCCUCUUUGGCUAAGUAAAUCACUCAAAUGAGAUUCAUUUCCACGGUAUUUUACACCCACAAAGUCACUCGAUAGUAAGUACCCAACUGUCUGUUAAGGUGUGACUAAUGAAAUUCAUAUAUGGGUAACAUUUCACCAUGGUUAACUGAUUUGAAAUCCACCGAACAGAGACUAUACUUAAACAUCAGACAACAUCCUUAAUGGUCAGGCUAUAAUAUCUCUUUGCAGAGUACAUAAACUGGUGUUUGCUGCUUUUGCUCAUUUUGCACUUUUUUGAUAUUUUGGAUCAUUGUGAAAGCUUGUAUUAUAAUGCAUAUGAUUCUUUCCCCAAAUAUAAGCACAGGAUCAUUUGAUUUGAUUCAACCCGACUGGUGUGAUUCCUUGCCUGUAUAGUUUAACCUUACAGGCAGAUUUAU